CACGUCUCUCUCUCCCCAAGCCGCUCCUCACCAAGCCCAUCUCAGCCGCUCCCUCCAGCCCUCACCUCGCCGGCCCUAGCUGCUGGUCGCCGUCGACCGCGAGCUCUCCAACGCAGGCGGCUCGCUGCGCCUUCCCCUCGCCGGUCAUCCCUGCUCCCUCGGCUUCCAAACCAUGGCCGCCUCUCCUCCAUCUCCUCCCUCCCCAGCGCCUCCCUCUCUGCUCCUGCACUCGGAGCCCAGUACUCCAGCUCGCCAACGCUCCCUCCCUGCUCACCGGCCACCAGGAAGGUCCGAGCUCGCCCAUCCUCUGCUCGGUUUCAACUUCGGUCGUGCCUGCAGACCGCUCCCUUGCUCCUGCAGCUCGCCCCAUCCCCUGACUUGUCGUGUCUUGGGCCGUCACGGCACUCUCAUCUUGCGUCGUCGCCUUAUUGCUGUUCUGGUGAGGCCAUGUCGUUCUUGUCCUACUCAUUUCCCUACCGGCAUCAAAUCCUUACUGUUGUUUAUACGUAUGUUUUUGUGUGAGUUGGGAGGUGGAGAAGAAAGGAACUCUAGUGCAUCACACACCUUGUGCUUGACGAAAUGUUUGAAUCAGAAUUUAUCAUCGCAUCCGCAAUUUGGUUUAAUCAUGCACUACGGCAUGAUUAAUGGAGUUACUGAAGAAGGGCACCCAAUUCAAUUGCCCCCGGUUGCUGAUCGGACAUUUCAUUUGCUCAAACAGAAGUUGGUCCAAGCUCCUGUUCUAGGUCUUCCUAACGACUUCAGCAAGGGUUUCGUGCUAGAAACAGCUGUCUUCAUGCAAUCGAAGAAUCUCGUGGCUUAUUUGAAUAAGCACCUUUGUCCAAGAAACCAAGCUUCAUCGAGGAGUGUUUGGCAAUCUUUAUGGCAAUUAUUGACGAAUGGCGGCCAUACUUGCAGCACCGUCAAAUCGUGAUUGUACUCCAUCUUACUGAGCAGAGGGUGACCUUACGUUUGUAGCAUAAAGUCCUGCUCAAGCUCAUUGACUUGCAUUAUCAAAUUCGCACAAACAGGCAACGGCUGUACCGAGCGACUGAUUUGGCACAUAUAUAUAUAAGCCGAGACAGUGGGAGAGGAGAGCUGGACAACAGGCAACGAAUUGUAAUUGAAUCUUCUGAAUACUAAAGGAAAGCGGUCACAUCCCAUU